UCAACUCGGGCCGCAUACCACGGUGGCGCGUCUUUCUCGAACGUGGCCAGUAAAACACGUAAUUGCUUUCAAUUCGAUCCACGCGCACGUUUCAUAUUCUCGUCAUAUUCGUUAUCAGUGUAUUAACGAAAUUUCUUGAAGAGUGCUCUGUGACAUUUGUGUUUGUCGUGUUCUAAAGCUAGCCAGCUAAGCAAACGAUCGAACAAGUAACCACGAUGUUCAAAGAUCUUAAGCGUGGCUUUGAAAUCCGAACGAUCGUUCGUAGAUCGGAUCAGAGUGGCCGAUGAAAGAAGAAGAAGAUCGUUGAAAUACUUUGGUAUAUCAGGUGGUCAGAAAAUAAUCAUGGAGAGUGUCCUCGAAUAACCUUGAAGAUUUUACACCUAUGAUCAAUACCUGUACGACGGUCUUAAAACUUGCUCUAGAUAAUUUCUUCCUUCUCUUUCUCUUUCUAUUACGUUAACUUAACGAACGAAAGAAACUACGUCUUUCGUAGCGAGUCGCUUGGCAACUUAAAUGAUACGUUUACAACGAUCAAUUUCGUCGAUCCUCUUGAUCUUUGAGAUUGUCGAUGAUCGCGGAGAACAACGCCGGAUGUCUAUCUUCGGUAGUAGACCGUUAUCUGAACGAGCAAUCGUUGAGACUCGAUAAGAGUUAAUAACGAUUUAAAAAGAAAAAGAGAAAGAGAGAGAGAGAGAGAGAGAGAGAGAGAGAGAGAGAAAGAGAGAAGGAAAAAAAAAUUUCAUUAUAUCGAGCUCUUUACGAAAGAAGCAGUAUGGCCUUGGCAAAGAUCAGGAGUUUUAUCGACAAUGGCUUGAAAACUGUGUCGACGCCUUUGGAUCGUACCGUCAACUUAGAACCGGAAGUAGGCGUCAGAAUCAUCCAUUCGCCAAAUGAAAAAACUCUCUGCGUAACAGUCAUUGGUGCAAGACACUUACCGCAAAAUUUUGGCUUCACCAGAGUCAACAGUUACGUCGUCAAGGUGAAGCUAAUACCAAGUAAAGAAAAAUUCGAGACAACCUCGAAAAACGAAUCGUGGCCUCAAUGGAACGAGGAAUUCACUUUUCAUUUACGAAAAGAGACAAAGAUCAAGUUCGGUAAGUCGAAGGUCGUAGAGGAAGAAAUAAAUGGCUCGAAAUUCAUCGUAGUCACGCUCUAUGCCGUUCUCGAAGACAAACCGUUGAUAGCAACGGAAAAGAAAGAAGCUGAUAAAGAGAAAAAUUCGUCACCUGCUAAAGACAGCGGAAAAAAGGGUGGUAAAAAGGGACAGGAGGGAUCAUCGAAUGAUCAUCAGGAUUCCUCUAAGAGUAAGAUAUUUGGUCAGUUUUUUAGUACAGGACAGGAUAAAAAUUCAGACGCUCAAAUCAGCGAAAGGAAAAUCUUCGACAAAAGACGAACCGUCGGUGCAACCACGAUAUCUCUAGAUUUGAAAAACUUCAUAAUAAAACCACCAAAAUCGAAGCACGCCAGUGACGUAUCAACUGGUGACUUGUGGAAACCUCUCAGACCGAUUAGCAGUGGCAUUUCUAUUACCGACGAUAAAAAAGAAAAUAAAAAGGGCAAAAUCGAGUUGUCCCUUUGCCUUGAAAAAACAGAUAAAAAGGAUGAUAACUGUGGACUCCUCGUGUUAUGUCUUCAUCGUCUGAGAUGUUCACUACAGACAAUGCACGAACACGAAAUAUUGAAGGGACAGAUGUACCUGAAAAUGUCGGUCAUUGAGAGCGGCAGGAUAACACAUUUUUGGAAGAGCGAUCGUUUUGCACCUUGCGUUUCGAUGAAAUUUUCACCCGACAUGGCUAGGGUCGCCGCAGAAAAUCCUUAUCAGGGUGCUCUCAAGGAUGUGAGCUUCGUCAUAAAAUACGUCUCGAAAAAUAAAAUGGGUAAGAAAACGACAGUCGGUCAUUUUGCUAUCGGACCCGACGUUGGUGGUCCUUAUGGUGAACAAUGGAAACAGGCUCUGGCAAAACCAGGACAGCAGAUAACGAAAUGGCAAUCAUUCGAGUAAUAAUGCAUUCGUCCGAAUAUAACUUUUUUUCGUUCCGUUAUGUUCUCACUUGCCGGAGAUAAAUUUUCUUUUGGUAUUCGUAGGAAAAAAAAAAGAAAAAAAAAAAAAAAAAAAAAAAAAAAGAAGAAUUGUCGAUAUAACCGAUACGAAUACAAAAUGUCUAGUUUAGUAUACUGAAAAUAUUAACCGUCCACUAAAAAUAUAAUGUUUAAUAAAAAGAAUUAGAUUAAGUUUGUUCUGGUGAUAGUAAACGCUGACUGAUAUAUUUUCUACAGAAAUCAGAAUUUAAAUAAUAGAAUACUCUUGCUGUGA